AUGGCGAAAAAUUCAGACGUGGGUGAAAAUGAGAGCGUCAAAGACUUCUUCACCACAAACCGCAACGAUUUAUACAGCUACACAGAGUGCAGAGAUAUAGGGAAAAAGUUUUUGAGUGACUUGAAACAAGCCGUAAUAGGAGAGAAUUUACAAGAAAUCGAGGAGCCUCGCGCAAAAGCUACGAAAUACCUCGAAGAGACAGAAAUUUUACAACUCAUAGAGGACUUGAUUACCAAGCUUGUCUUUGAGAGACCGGAGAAACCAAUGGAAUUUUUAGUGAAAGAAAUAGAAGACGUGAAGGGAAGAGGAUCAGAAAGUCAAAGCAUGGACUGAACACCUCGCUAAAUAGACCAAUUUAUGAAAUUUAAAAUGGAAAAAAAAAGAAAAAACAAACAAACAAAAACAAAAUAAAACCAAAACAAAACAAACAAAUAUAAAAAGAAAUUCAAAACAGGAGGAGAAAGAAAUACAGAUUAAACAUUGUCUUGAGAAUGUUGGAUUUUGAAGAUUCUAAGAAUGUUGUACACAAAAUGCACAAUUUAUUGGUGUUGAUUUAUUUUUUUGAAAUUUAUUAUGAUGUUUGCAGUGGAUUGAAAUAUUUGUUACAACCAUGCUCUAAUUGCAUUUAUUUUUUUAGGAAAAAAGUAGAGAAAAAAAAGAAACAUGUGAAAGGUUGAAAGCUAAAUAAGAGUUUGUUGAGUUUAUAAUAUUAUUCUGAAUGGGAUCAUGAACAUUAUUGUGUCUCAUGUAUGCUCAGAAUCCUUUACUGUUUCUGUAUGAA